UCGGUUCUCUUUCGUUUUCAUUUCCCGGAAGGAUUCUGUAUAUUGCAGGCGCUUAAGAAAAGCAAAAGGUCCGCUGAGCAAGAUUACGACUUUUCACUACUCUACAUGAUUUUUUUGGUGUGUAUAUAUUGACCAUUUACUGAUAUUAUAAUCGGUUAAUAUUAUCGUAGCGCAUUUUUUUAGAAGAGUGUGUCAAGUCAAGGUUAAAGAACAUGAGUGACGCCUCUUCACCGCCACCUUUAAUAAAGCAUGGCUGUAAUGGAAACAAACCUUCAGUCUGCUCCCCAACUCUGCCCGACCCUCAGAAUGAACCUCCCUCCGUGUCUGAGGCAGUGCCUGAAGAACUGUGCAAACUACCUGGACGAUUACGGAUCAAUCCUUCAUUGUGGAAUAAGGAGGAUGUGAAUCUGUGGCUGCGCUGGGCUCAGAGGGAGUACUCUCUGCGGCGUGCAGACCAACAGAGAUUCGAAAUGAAUGGAAAAGCACUUUGUCUCCUCACCAAAGAGGACUUUCGUAUCCGCUGCCCCAGCUCUGGUGAUGUUCUGUAUGAGCUCCUUCAAUAUGUGAAGCAGCAAAGGAGAUGUGCCAUCUUCAGUCCAUCAUCCAACUCCAGCACACAGAUCUUACACGAGACCACAGGUCCUUAUGUUCCCUCUAACAGAAGUGUUCCUGUUUGUCCUGUGAACCCAAAUUCUCGGACGGUUUCAGCUGGAUACAACACAGCUCAGAUGCAGGACAGAACACACUUGUUUGCCGACCAUGAGCUUGGACAAGGCAUGCAAACAGAGAUUUCCCAUCAUUCUGUCAAAGAAAAAAUGUUACAGAUAUCUCCAGACAAAAGCAGACAGACUGUAGCUGCUUUCAGUACAGAAGAGCCUCUCAACCUGUCCAAUAAACCUGAAAGACCUGCCAAAAACACACAACCCUCUGAGGCCACAGGAAGGAUUCCAGACUGUAAGCUUUUAUGGGACUAUGUGUACCAGCUGCUGUCUGACAGCAGAUAUGAGGCCUUCAUUCGCUGGGAGGAUCCAGACAACAUGAUCUUCAGAGUUGUGGAUCCCAAUGGACUGGCACGACUCUGGGGAAACCACAAGAACAGAGCUAAUAUGACCUAUGAGAAAAUGUCUAGAGCACUUCGUCAUUACUACAAGCUCAACAUCAUCAAGAAAGAGACUGGCCAGAGGCUGCUCUUCCGGUUCUUGAAGACCCCUGAGGAAAUAAUACAAAGCAGGUCAGACCGUGCAGAAGUGCCCGAAUCUCCAGACAGUCCUGUGUCUCCAGACUACAGAGAAGAAGCUCUGGAAGUGUCCCCUGCAUCGACCCCCACUACCCUGAGCCCCAGCUCUGAUCACAACUUCUGCAUAUCACCAAUUCCGUGACACUCACUACUACAUUCUGACCCAGAAUCAGCCUUAGUAGCUAAUAACCUGACCUUUAAGCUUGGGGAAAUGCCCAAUACGGAACAACGUGAAAUACAGACUGCCAUCUACAGCCCCAAAGAUUUCUGAGAUGUACCAAAAUACUCAGUAAUAUUUUAUGGGGGCCUAGAAAUACAACACAGGUUUGUCUCAGGGCAGAAAUAUGUCAUUAGUUGUUGUGGGGUUGUGUUAAAUCUUAAAUGACACUAAUUCCACUAAUUUGCAUGAUGCUUGGAGUUAAUAUGAAACUUUUUCUCAGGUUGUAAAACUGUGCAAUGUAAAUUUUAGAGAUUUGUGAACUGCGCUGCAUUAUUUACAUAAAUAAAUUGAAUCAAAUAAUUACAAUUUGUAUAGUAAAAUCAGUGAGUUAAUUAAUUGAUUAAUCUAUUAACUGUGUAAAAGAUGCUCCUAUUUUGUUAGAUUGAAAUGUGUAUAACUGCUUAAGGAU